AUGCAGCGUGCUCUUCUCUUCUUCGCCAUCCUGGCCCUCACCGUGGCCUGCGCCCUCGCCCAGACCAGGCCCAAGCUCGCCACCACCUUCGAGACCCACGGCAUUGUCCAGAUCAAGCACAACCACUCCGUCGUCUUCGGCGAGGGUAGGUGGAUCUUUGAUUUGGAGGCCGGCAAGUCGCUCGACUGGGCUCACUUCGGUGGCUUCGAGCACCUCGGCGUCUACGACCUCGCCAGGUUCGACCUCAAGAAGAACUAUUUCAUCUCCUCCGCUGACGCCAGGAAGUGCGAGGAGAAGGACCUGACCGACAAGAUCCGUUCCCCCUGGGAGUGGCUCGACAAGGCUGAGGUUGUGGGCAACCUCACCAGGAACGGCGUCCUCUUCGACCUGUGGCAGUACAAGACCGCUGGCGUCACCCUCGAGGCUGGCGUGCCCCAGAAGAACCCCACCGAGCUGGUCUACUUCAGCCGCACUUCCGUGCGCGAGGAGUUCCACUUCUACGUCGAGCAGUGGAGGACCAACAAGCCCCACCAGUCGUGGUUCGAGGUCCCCCACGAGUGCAAGAAGGCCUUCUAA